AUGGACCGGAUCUGCGAGGUGAGGAUUCGGGAGUCCACCUCAGAACGCUUCGGCAUAUCCAUCGCAAAGUGUCUCGUUCUUCGAGAGCGACUGACGAAUCUCCCGAACUUAGACAAGCCGCCUUCGACACGGAUUCAGAGGGUGCUUCGUACACCCAGGUACACACUGUGGCGCAAAGUUGUCCAAACCCGAACGCCACACGAUCCAACGCCUCCGCCAGCUCGACCUUCAUCGACGGUUCAUCUACCUACACCCAACGAAACCGUCGGUGCAGGCGGCGUUGUAGAUUUUCCCUCUGGAGAGGAAUACGUCCUCCAGCUCGGAAAUCAUGCGGAUAUUGUUGCGGUCGGAGAAGUUGCGGUCGAAAGUGUUCAGUUCUGUCGACUCAUGAAAGGGACGAGCGUGUUCUAG